CUUGCUCCAGGCCCAGUGGUUUCCCCCGAUCCGUGGACGACGGCUGCCACCAUGUCGGAGACCGCGCCUGUUGCCGCUCCCGCUGUCUCUGCUCCCGGGGCGAAAGCUGCCGCCAAGAAGCCGAAGAAGGCGGCGGGCGGCUCCAAAGCCCGCAAGCCGGCGGGCCCCAGCGUCACCGAGCUGAUCACCAAGGCCGUGUCCGCCUCCAAGGAGCGCAAGGGGCUCUCCCUCGCCGCCCUCAAGAAGGCGCUGGCCGCCGGCGGCUACGAUGUGGAGAAGAACAACAGCCGCAUCAAGCUGGGGCUCAAGAGCCUCGUCAGCAAGGGCACCCUGGUGCAGACCAAGGGCACCGGCGCCUCCGGCUCUUUCAAACUGAACAAGAAACCGGGUGAGACCAAGGAGAAGGCAACCAAAAAGAAGCCGGCGACCAAGCCCAAGAAGCCGGCGGCCAAGAAGCCCGCCAGUGCUGCCAAGAAGCCCAAGAAGGCAGCAGCAGUGAAGAAGAGCCCCAAGAAAGCCAAGAAGCCGGCGGCCACCGCGGCCAAGAAAGCUGCCAAGAGCCCCAAGAAAGCGGCCAAGGCAGGCCGCCCCAAGAAAGCAGCGAAGAGCCCGGCCAAGGCAAAAGCUGUAAAGCCCAAAGCAGCCAAGCCCAAGGCAGCCAAGCCCAAAGCAGCCAAGGCAAAGAAGGCGGCGCCCAAAAAGAAGUAAAACGACUGAGAAGAAAUUAUAGUCUACUCAUUUUAAAAAACCCAAAGGCUCUUUUAAGAGCCACCCACUUCCUCUCAAAAAGAGCUGAACCACUGUCAUAAUCGCAGCAAAAUCAAGUCUUUAAAGACGUCUUUGUAGGAAUUUAUACUGGAAAAAAACCCCGAAGUUGCAGUUUUUAAAAUGUGCAGGGUCGGUACAGCCAGCGUGGGACACGGGGGC